AUGCCUCUGUUAUACGUGCGAGCUGUAGUCCCCUUUGAGGCCGGGGCCAAUGCGACCGACGUGCUGAUCAACCAAGUUCACUUCAAUCGUACCGCACUGAGCUACUACCACUACACGCUCUUCAGCAACGGGACCCUUUCGAAUGAGACGGACUGCUAUCUCGCCUUUGAUGAGUUUCAACCGCAAAUGUUCGCCAAUGGGUCUUUCGUGCAUGGAAUCUCCUGCUACGCACCCAUUAGAGACCUGGGUCAGCAUGCCUCAGCCGGUCUGGCGUUUGCGUUGAUGUUUUGCAUCUCCAUUGCCAUCACUUUGAUCAACCUGCGCAAACAUGGCCGACGAUACCUGCCCGUCGAUCACCGGUGGUCUGUCAUGGGCCGGCGGGGGAAGUGGAUCUGGAUGCUCUUUGUCGCCGCCUGUGGGGCUAUCAGCUGUUUCAUGAGCAUCGACGUGGACCGGGACUAUAUCGUGAGCGUCCCGUUGAUCCUGCAGAGCGUCUUCUACACUCUCCUUACUCCAGGGAUGAUGGCAGCUGUAUGGGAAGGAGUACGGCAUUGGGGCUCGUGGCAAGAACGACAGAUCUACGACCGGGAUCCUUAUGCGUUUCAAGUUUCUAACAGCCGAGAGCGCCAGGAGUUCGUGCUCCCCAUCCUCUUCUACGCAUGCGCUUUCGCCAAUUUCUUCUUGACCGUUCCGCGCUCGUGGACUCCCAUUGAGAUGCAGCGCAGUCCGGAGCAACAGAUCAAUGAUGCGAAACCGGUCGCUACAGAUGCCCGGUGGCGUGCUGCCGGCUUCGUAGCGAUGGGUGGAGUUCUGGUGAUCUGCUACAGCCUGGAGCAUAGCAUCUACCGCUACCGGAUGCGGCCGACCAGCACAAUGGGCCAGCUCCUGUUCUACCUGAAUGCCGCCCCAUCGCAGUUUCUCAUAGCCAUUGCGCUGCUAGGGGUGAAGAUCGGAUACGCCAUUGCUUCCUCUUUUGACUGGACAGUGUCACCCUUGAAAUACGGGGUUAACUCGGGCUGGCUCUACGGGCUAGGGUACACGCCGCCGCUGCUUCUGCUCAUUUUAUUCAACAUUUGUGGAUUGUGUGAGCUCAACGACGACCAGGCUUUGAUCAUCCAGCGGGACGAAUUCGACAAUGCAGUUGCCGAUGAUGUGGGAGUCGGACAGAGGAAGCCCAGCUGGUGGAAGAAAGGCCAGACGUUUGUUCGGGAACUGAGUGACCACCGCCGGCACCGGUCCUCGCAGCAGGACGAGCAUGACAUGAACCGGUACGUUGAGAUGGGCAUCAUCAAACCACAGGAGCAAUUGCAGCAGAGUGGCCGUGACCCGUCGAGCCCCAAGCCGGAGACGUGGGUGACGACUCGUACUGCCAGUCAGGGUAGUGAAUUGACUGCUGUGGCGCGAACGGAUAGUGGUCCUGAUAUAGCGCAGCAUAUCGAGUACACCGUGCAGUCGGGGAAUCUGUCCCGGAAUUCUUCCAAUGAGAUGGGAUUAGCACCAAGGCAUCCACAAACAGAGCGGAGCAUGCUGGAUGGUUGA